UUAGUUGACAUGUCAUGUUUGUGAUGAGGUGUGAAGUCAAAAUCCCUUCUCACCAAUAAAAGUGAUGAAUGUUUUCAAAGAAUCAUCAAUUGCAUAAAAAAUUGUGAUGUUACAAUUGUGCUGUUACGUUACGUGUACAUAAACCUACGAUUACAAUCUAAGAGUGCCUGAAGAAAACACCAUAAAUGUCUUUAAAAUCACCGUGUACAUAACUCGAUUCCGUCGGGACCGAAUGGAGUGAUUUUACAAGAUAUUACGAUGCAAACUAAUCUUAAAACGAAAGAGAUGUUUAUAGUCCGAGCGUUAGAGAAGAUAUUAGCUGAUAAGGACAUAAAAAGGUCCUAUCACAGCCAGCUGAAGAAAUCUUGUGAAGUAGCUCUUGAGGAAAUUAAAGCUGAGUUAAAAAAUGGAGGUCAAGUGGAGACAUCUGAGAGCCCCACAUCAGGCACACUCCCAUUACCAAAGAAUGAUGCAUCCAAUAUUAUCACGGCAGAAAAAUAUUUCCUACCAUUUGAGCUAGCUUGCCAGAGCAAAGCCGCACGGAUUGUAGUCACAGCUCUCGACUGUCUACAGAAACUGAUUGCUUAUGGACACCUUACUGGUAACAUUCCAGAUUCCACAACACCAAGGAAAUUACUAAUAGACCGGAUAGUUGAAACUAUUUGCAGCUGCUUCACGGGGCCACAGACCGACGAGGGGGUGCAGCUCCAGAUUAUCAAAGCUCUGCUGACUGUGAUCACCAGCCAACAUGUUGAAGUACAUGAAGGGACUGUCCUGCUGGCCGUCCGGACCUGUUACAACAUUUAUCUCGCCAGUAAAAACCUCAUCAAUCAGACAACUGCGAGAGCCACUCUCACGCAAAUGCUUAAUGUCAUAUUCACCAAGAUGGAAAACCAGGCACUGGAAACUGAUGUCACACCAAUUCCUAAUAAUGCUGCAGAGUUACCACACAAAGUACCUAAUGGCAAUAUUCCCACUGGUGAAACAAACCUGACUAUGAGUAACCAUAUCACUGAGGACAAUAAAGAACAAUCUGUUGAACAAAUAAAUGAGGUACUUGAAGCACAGCUUAUUGCUAAACAAAUUGUAGAUUCAGUUAUAGAUCAUGCUAUAUCUAUAGCUGAAAAGAAAAAUAUAGAGGAGACAAUUACUAAUGAACCUGACAAUCACGAAAAUUCACCAGAGAGCAAUGGAACUAUAUCAGAAGCCUCUAUUCAAAGAAUACCAUCUCAAGAAAGUGUAGAUGCAGCAUCAGAAAAUGAUAAUUCUGUCACAGCAAAAUUCACACACAUUCUACAGAAAGAUGCCUUCCUAGUUUUUAGAGCUCUUUGCAAACUGUCCAUGAAACCUUUACCUGAAGGUACUCCUGACCCUAAAUCUCAUGAACUGAGGUCGAAAAUUCUAUCUCUACAUUUGCUCCUGUCUAUACUUCAAAAUGCUGGCCCUGUAUUUAGAAACAAUGAGAUGUUUAUUACAGCAAUCAAGCAAUACCUAUGUGUAGCACUGUCCAAGAAUGGAGUAAGUUCAGUGCCUGAAGUAUUUGAGCUAUCUUUAGCUAUAUUCCUUGCUCUGCUGCAGAACUUCAAGGUCCACCUGAAAAAGCAAAUUGAAGUAUUCUUCAAAGAAAUCUUCAUGAACAUAUUGGAAACAUCAAGUUCCUCUUUUGAACACAAGUGGAUGGUAAUCCAGGCCUUAACAAGAAUUUGUGGUGAUGCCCAAAGUGUGGUAGAUAUUUAUGUCAACUAUGAUUGUGAUUUGUCUGCUGCUAAUCUUUUCCAACGAUUGGUGAAUGAUGUAUCCAAAAUAGCACAAGGAAGACAAGCACUAGAACUGGGUGCCACCCCAAAUCAAGAAAAGUCAAUGAGAAUUAGGGGUCUUGAAUGCCUAGUUUCAAUACUAAAGUGUAUGGUUGAAUGGAGUAAAGAAUUAUACAUUAACCCUAAUGCCCAAACCACCCUAGGGGAAAGGCCAGUUAAAGAAGAAACAGAUCAUCAUAGUAUUAAAUCUCAUGGUGGCUCAAGUUUGAGUUUGGUCUCAACUGGUUCCAGCAACAUCGGAAAUAGAGAGACCUUGGAUUCACCAGAACAGUUUGAGGUGCUGAAACAGCAGAAAGAAGUUUGGGAAACUGGUAUUGAUCUCUUUAACAGAAAACCGAAGAAAGGUGUUGCAUUUUUACAAGAACAGAGCUUGUUAGGUUCUUCAACGAAAGAAAUUGCGGAAUGGCUAUUGACUGACGAACGACUCGACAAGACUUUCAUAGGAGAAUAUCUGGGAGAAAAUGAUGAUCAUUCCAAAGAAGUGAUGUAUGCCUAUGUGGAUUCAAUGAAUUUCUCAAAUAUGGAUAUUGUGGCGGCGCUGCGGUAUUUCCUAGAAGGAUUUAGGCUACCUGGAGAAGCGCAGAAAAUUGACAGACUAAUGGAGAAAUUUGCAUCCCGAUACUGUCACUGUAAUCCCAGCAAUACAUUAUUUACGAGCGCAGACACAGUUUACGUAUUAGCAUUUUCCAUUAUUAUGCUAACAACAGACUUACAUUCACCUCAAGUCAAGAAUAAGAUGACAAAAGAGCAAUACAUUAAAUUAAAUAGCGGCAUCAGUGAUAAUAACGACUUACCGCGUGAAUAUUUGUCGACAAUAUACGAUGAAAUAGCUGGACAUGAAAUUAAAAUGAAGAAUAUAUCUAAGCCAGGUAAACAUAUGAUUGCUAAUGAGAAAAAGCGUAAACUGAUUUGGAAUAUGGAGAUGGAGCAGAUUUCGACUGCAGCCAAGAAUCUGAUGGAGUCUGUGUCUCAUGUUCAAACUCCAUUCACUACAGCCAAGCACAUGGAGCAUGUCCGUCCAAUGUUCAAGAUGGCUUGGACGCCGUUCCUCGCGGCUUUCUCAGUUGGACUUCAAGACUGCGACGAUCCCGAGAUCGCUUCUCUCUGCUUAGACGGAAUCCGAUGUGCCAUACGGAUUGCGUGCAUUUUCCACAUGUCGUUAGAACGAGACGCCUACGUCCAGGCCCUCGCACGGUUCACGCUCCUCACUGCUAACUCGCCAAUCACUGAAAUGAAGGCGAAGAACAUUGACACCAUCAAGACAUUGAUUACAGUGGCUCACACAGACGGAAAUUACCUGGGAUCUAGUUGGUUAGACGUCGUCAAAUGCAUUUCUCAGCUAGAAUUAGCUCAGUUGAUAGGGACCGGCGUCAGACCUCAGUUCUUGUCUGGCUCUGGCAUCAAGCCACAACCUGAUUCGCUGAAGUUUAGCUUGAUGGCAUUAGACCCUAGUGUCAAGGAACAUAUCGGAGAAACGAGUUCACAGAGCGUGGUUGUGGCGGUAGAUAGAAUAUUCACAGGAUCCACGCGUCUUGAUGGUGACGCUAUAGUGGACUUCGUGAAAGCCCUUUGCCAAGUGUCGUUGGAUGAAUUGAGCCACCCCACCAACCCUCGAAUGUUUUCGCUGCAGAAAAUCGUCGAGAUAUCGUACUAUAACAUGGGAAGGAUCAGGCUGCAGUGGUCCAGGAUAUGGCAGGUUCUAGGAGAACAUUUCAACAAAGUUGGAUGCAGUAGUAACGAAGACAUAUCCUUCUUUGCUGUCGACUCUUUAAGACAAUUAUCAAUGAAAUUCAUAGAAAAGGGCGAGUUCGCAAACUUUAAAUUCCAAAAAGAUUUCUUGAGACCAUUCGAACACAUCAUGAAGAAAAACAACUCUCCAACCAUCAGAGACAUGGUUGUGAGAUGCAUCGCCCAAAUGGUGAACUCGCAAGCGCCUAACAUACGUUCCGGGUGGAAAAAUAUAUUCUCAGUGUUCCACCUAGCUGCUGGGGAUCAAGAUGAAGCGAUAGUCGACCUGGCAUUCCAAACUACAGGGAAAAUCAUUUCCGAACUUUAUGAGAAGCAGUUCCCGGCGAUGAUAGAUUCAUUCCAGGACGCCGUGAAGUGCUUGUCUGAAUUCGCUUGCAACGCGAAGUUCCCCGACACCUCCAUGGAGGCCAUCAGGCUGGUCCGCUCCUGCGCCACCGCCGUCGGAGCCUCGCCGCAGUUGUUCGCAGAACACGCGAGCCUGGAAGGGGAACAAGGAACCACGGAAGAAGACCGGGUGUGGCUCCGCGGCUGGUUCCCACUCCUCUUCUCCCUGUCCUGCGUCGUCAGCCGAUGCAAACUAGACGUCCGCACCAGGGGUCUGACCGUCCUAUUCGAGAUUAUCAAAACCCACGGUGACUCAUUCCGUCCGCACUGGUGGAGAGAUUUGUUCAAUAUAUUGUUUAGGAUCUUCGAUAACAUGAAGCUACCUGAACACCAGUUGGAGAAGAACGAGUGGAUGACGACGACGUGCAACCACGCGUUGUACGCCAUCGUGGACGUGUUUACGCAAUACUUCGAUGUUCUGGGCGGGCUCUUAUUAGAGCAGCUAUACUCGCAGUUACACUGGUGCGUGCAACAGGACAACGAGCAGCUCGCCCGCUCCGGCACCAACUGUCUCGAGAAUCUAGUCAUUUCCAACGGGACCAAAUUCACGGAAGACACCUGGAGCAACACGUGCCAGAUCAUGCUGGACAUCUUCAACAGCACGCUGCCGACCACGCUGCUGACCUGGCGGCCGGAGGACGACGACGACGGCGCGCCGCAGGUCCGCCACGGCAUCCUCAAGAAACCACAAGUCGGGGACGACGCCAAGUCCUCAAACCGCAUCUUCAACAGCCUUCUCAUAAAGUGCGUGGUGCAACUCGAAUUGAUCCAAACUAUCGAUAACAUAGUGUUCUAUCCUGCGACGUCGAGGAAAGAGGACGCUGAAACGCUGGCUCUGGCAGCGGCGGAGCUGACGGGGGGAGUCCCCGGCACUGAACAGGAGUGUCAGCGGGAGGAGCAAGGCAUGUACCGGCUGCUAAGCUCCCCGCAUCUGCUUCGACUAGUCGAGUGUCUGAUGUGCAGUCAUCGAUUCGCGAAGACGUUCAACACGAAUAACGCCCAGAGAAACAUUCUUUGGAAGGCGAAUUUCAAGGGCUCGGUGAAGCCAAAUAUGCUGAAGCAAGAGACGCAGUCUUUGGCCUGCGUGCUCCGGAUAUUGCUGAAGAUGUACAGCGACGAGGCGCGGCGGGACAGCUGGCCGGCGGUGCAGACCAGUCUCAUCACGAUCUGCUGCGAGGCGCUGGAGUACUUCGCGAGCGUCACCAACGAGGGCCACCGCGACGCCUGGACCUCCAUCCUGCUGCUGAUCCUCACCAGAAUACUGAAGAUGCCCGACGAACGAUUUGCGGCGCAUGUAUCCAGCUACUAUCCCCUGCUCUGUGAGAUCACCUGCUUCGACCUGAAGCCCGAGCUGCGUUCCGUUCUGCGCAGAGUGUUCAUACGCAUCGGACCUGUCUUCAACAUCACCUCGAACAAACAAUAACAAGCAUUAUUU